CCGGAGCCAGCGUCGCCGCGCAGCCUGCUCCUGGCAUGGGCGCCGCCGUGACCCCGACGUUUCCCGAGGCCGCCCAGCCGCCCAGGCCCGUCACCCCGGUGGAGUGUGGCGGGUACCAGCCCGACUCCGGCCAGGACUUCAGCUACGGCGGCCAGGAGCCCGCCCCGGCGCCCUCCUCCCAGGUAUCAGCCGGCGUCUCUGGCCACUCUGGACCGUCGGCAGCCGCCGGUAGCCUUGAGAACGAACGGCCUCAGCUCCCUGCGGCAGCCCCGCUUGGUCAGCCAGGGCCAAGCUACCCAGGCUGUGAUGCGGCGGAAUCCUCAGCAGCCAGUCCUCACGAUCCUCCACCGCUGCCCCAGCAGAUGCAGCCCUCCCCACUCCCAAAGGCCGAGGACUCGUCCCCGGAGGCCGGCUCAGGAAGCAGUCCGGGGGCCAGUCCUGGCGACGGCUUCGCCAAGAAGUCCCCGGCUCCUGCCAAGCCGCUGAGAGCCAGGGCCCGGCCCCGGCAGACCCGGCUGCACUACUGCAACGUCUGCAAGAUCAGCUGCCCUGGGCCCCAGACCUACCGUGAGCACUUGGAAGGGCAGAAGCACAGGAAGAAAGAGGCGGCUCAGAACCUGGGCGUCUGGUCCCGUGGCAGCCUGCGCGGGGUGCAGGCCCAGCUGCACUGCGACCUGUGUGCUGUGUCCUGCACUGGUCCGGAGGCCUACGCCGCCCACAUCCAGGGCGCCAAGCACCGCAAGGUCUUCAAGCUGCACACCAAAUUGGGGAAGCCCAUCCCCCACAUAGAACCAGUGCCGGAGACCUGCAGCUCGGCCCCUGCCACCUGCACCAGCGAGCAGGCCCCCGCCACCACGGAGAGCCCCCCUGCCAGCCCCAGCAGCCGGCCAGAGCUGCCCGAGAAACCAGCGGCGUCGAAGACCACUCAAGCAGGACCUCCUGAGCCGCAGGCAGCAGGCAGCAGACCCCUGGAAGGGAAAUCAGCACACCCUAAAUCAGUGGGGCCGAAAGAGCCGCCCACCCGAGGAGGCUCUGCGGAAGCUUCUGGAAGCUGCUGUGAUGCGCAGCCGGUGGGCCUAGGCUUCGUGGAAGAGGUGUACAACGAGGAGGGCAAGGUGGUCCGCUUCUACUGCAGGCUGUGCGAGUGCCGCUUCAACGACGCCCACGCCAGGGACCUCCACGUGCGGGGGCGGCGACACCGGCUACAGUUCCAGAAAAAGGUGAACCCUGACUUUCCGCUGGCAAUCCAGCCCAGCAGCAGGACCCUGCGUCUGCUGGAGGAGCGCGCGCGGAGGCAGAGGCUGCUGGCCCGGAGGCAGCUGGAGGGGCUGCGGCGCUGGCACGCGGAGAUGAGGCGCCAAGACCUGUGCAGGAGGCAGCUAGAGGAGGAGCUGGAGGCCCAGGACGAGCACCCAGGACACUCGCCGCCCGACCAGCACCUUCCUCCCCGCAGGAGCAGGCCGGGCGCACCCGCCGACACGCCUCUGCCCACACGACGGCCGGAGUCCAGCGACGACCGGCAUGUCCUGUGCAAACACGCUGCCAUCUACCCCACGGAGGAGGAGCUCCUGGCCGUCCAGAAGGCCGUCUCCCACACGGAGCGCGCCCUCAAGCUGGUGUCCGACACGCUGGCCGAGGAGAAUUCCGGAAGCCCAGAGCAGGAGGGCAGGGAGCACAGCGGCAUCGACCCCUCUGCUCGGAUCCUGAAGGGCGUGAUGCGGGUCGGCCUCCUGGCGAAAGGCCUCCUCCUGCGGGGAGACAGGAGUGUGCAGCUGGCCCUGCUCUGCUCCCAGAAGCCCACGCACAGCCUGCUGCAGAGAGUCACGGAGCAGCUGCCCCAGCAGCUCCCGAUGGUGACGGAGGACAAGUACGAGGUCUCUUCCGACCCUGAGGCCAACAUCGUCAUCUCCUCCUGCGAGGAGCCCAGGAUGCAGGUCACCGUGUCCGUCACCUCGCCCCUGAUGCGGGAGGACCCCUCCGUGGAUCAAGAAGGAGUGGAGGCGCCUGAGCCCGACCCGGGAGAUGUCCUGAGCCCGGAGAAGUGCCUCAAGUCGCUGGCCGCCCUGCGCCGCGCCAAGUGGUUCCAGGCGCGAGCCAGCAGCCUGCAGCCGUGUGUGAUCGUCAUCAGAGUCUUCCGGGAACUCUGCCAGCGCGUGCCCACCUGGGGCGCCCUGCCGGACUGGGCCAUGGAGCUGCUGGUAGAGAAGGCUCUGAGCAGUGCGACCGGGCCCCUGAGUCCCGGGGACGCCGUGAGACGGGUCCUGGAGUGCGUGGCCUCGGGGACGCUCCUAAUAGACGGGCCCGGGCUCCAGGAUCCGUGCGAGAGAGAGCAGACGGACGUCCUGGGGCCCAUGAGCGCCCAGCAGCGGGAGGACGUCACGGCCAGUGCGCAGCACGCGCUGCGCCUGCUGGCGUUCCGGCAGAUCCACAAGGUCCUGGGCAUGGACCCCCUGCCGCCCCCCAAGAGCAGGCCUGGGGCGCGCUUCCGGAAGAGGCUGCGGGAGGCGGCCGAGGCGCCGGAGGACGAGGGCCCGAGGAAGCGGGGCCGGCAGGGCGGGGAGGGGCCCGUGUGAGCGGCCUCGCCCCCGGA